AUGCAGUUUAAGGUAUCUCGGCACUGCAUGGCUACCGGUACCACUCGAAUCAACACUACGGCUUGCAACUGGGUAGCGACCAUGCUCGCUCGGACAAUCUUGCUUGUUCCUCAAACGCAGUGCUCAAGCUCUCUGUCCUUGAAGGCCACACCGUUGCAGUUGCACCAGGGUAGAUUGCUAGUCGUUCCGAGGGCAUCUUAUUCUUCGCGUUCCAGCUCACCUCGCAGCGAGUCAUGGAGGAGCUCUUGGCGGACAGAACUUGAGCAUGGCAGCAACGGAAAUGGUAACGGCGCCCAUGUGUCACAUGAUGAUGAAUACCAGAUCGCAUACAACAGCAACGGGAAUUAUUAUCAUGCUCACGACAGCGAUACCGACUCCGACUUUACAUGGGGGAGCUCGAGCUGGCGGAACCAGGCCGCAGCCGUUGAUGAUCAGGAGGUGGCCGACGUAGGGUACAGCAACGGGUGGCGGUCGAGUCAGGACCAACCCGCUGGCUUUGCAAAUCGCGAUGAAGAUGUUGCAGAGGAAGAAGAGUCCUCAGGCGGCGGCUUCUUCACAGAUGCCUUUAAGGAAGCCCUGAAAUCAGCCCUGCAGCGGAGUCCCUUGUACGCGGAUCAGUUGACAGUCACAGGAUCUGCGGACGAGGAAGUCACGGAGCCACAGCCGUACGAGAACGAAGUGGAGGUGUACGACAGGCCUAUUUUUACGGACCAGUUCCGUGCCGCACUUAAAGAGUCCCUCGAGCGGCAACAGUCGGAGCUAGACGCGUACGGCGGGCAGGGGUCGGAUGACGAAUACACGGCGACGCCGUACGUGCCGUCGCCACCCCGUCCCAGGGAGAUGUCCCCCCUGGAGGAGGUGAUUGCUACGGCGUUGGGCGCCUCUCAGCUGCACCUGCGGCGCCUGACGCUGAUGAAGAACGAGAUCGACGCGGCGAUUGAACGAGAAACCAAACAGAUCGAGCGGCUAGGCUUUGCGUUGAGCAAGGCACAAUCCGACAUGGCCUACUACAAGAGUCUGGAGGAGAUGAUGGCGGAGCGGCCGCGCGGCGGGCAAUAA